AUGCCUGUGCUGAAGGAGCUUGUUCGGGUUUACCAACCCACUGAUAAAUACUUGCAGCCCAAAUGUGACACUAUUUCACCUCAUGUGAAGAAGCCAAACUUGCCUCUGAGCCUUCUGGGGGAACUCGGUACGUCCUGUGGACUGCAGAGCAUACAGUAUGCAGAUCGAGGCUGCAACAUUCAUGACUGGCUCAACUCCAUGAUCACAAAAGGCUUCAUGUAUCCCAACCUUAGCUUCACACAAAUCCAUGUGCCAUGGCCAGUCUAUAAAGAGGCGCUGACCUGUAAAUGGGCCUCAUCUGAUCUGAACAGACUCACUAUGGGCAAGAUUUUCUUCUUCGAGGAAAAGAAUUUCCAAGGCCGUCACUAUGAGUGUAGUGGUGACAGCGCAGAGUUGCAGCCCUACCUCACCCGCUGUAACUCCAUCCGUGUCGAGAGCGGCUGCUGGAUGGCUUAUGAGAAAUCAAACUUCUCUGGCUAUCAGUACAUGCUGCACAAGGGAGAAUACCCUGAUUACCAUCACUGGGCAGGCUUUAAUGAUCGCAUCCAUUCCUGCCGCAUGGUGCCUUCUCACCAAGGAGACUACAAGGUCAAGAUCUUUGAGCGCUCUGAUUUUGGAGGCCAGGCCAAGGAACUGAUGGAGGAUUGCCCAGAUUUGCGCACGUGUUUCCACAGUGGUGAAAUCCUCUCUGCAAACGUCAUGGAAGGUUACUGGAUCUUUCACGAGCACCCCAACUACAGUGGGCGCCAGUACUUCCUGCACCCUGGGGAGUACAGGAGGUGUAGUGAUUGGGGCAGUACCAGUCCCGCUACAGGCUCCUUGAAACGGAUCACUGAGAUCAACUAAAAAGAUUUUCUGUCUAAAAUAGCAAACUAAUCAUGCCUGGUUGUCAAGUGCUUCCAGUGUGAUCUGAUCUUCUCAGUUGACCAUAGCUUGAAUGUGGAAUCAAUAUGUAACACGAAUUCAUGUUGAUAUAUAUAUAUAUUUUUUGGCCACUGUUUGAGCUAUACAUUAGCUAAAACAAACGUUUGCAUCUUUUGUGUGUUGACAAAUUGUACGCUUACCCAACAUCUGAACCUAUAUUGCUAAAAGUGACAGUAAAUUGAAAUUAAAUUA